AUGCCCCCGUUGCAACACUUGCAUUGCCCUCAUCCCAAGCACGCACCGUCACCCUCGCUUCCCCCAUUUCCCCGUCGCCAUUGCCCUCCCAUCGCCCUUACCCCACUCCCCUCCCGUCGCUUCCUCGUCAACGUCGUCGUGCCCCAUUCCGACGCUUCGUUCACCACUCCGCGACCACCCACUUUCUCCGUUGUCGUGUCCCCACCACUCCCCACUAUCCUGACAGGGGCGCCCACGUUUCCUCACUCGGGAAGCCCGUGCACACGCCCACGUUCCUCCUCCCCGCGCGCGCUCCUCUCGCCUCCCCGCGCGGUCUCCUCUCGCCUCCCGCGCGGCAUCCUCUCGCCGCCCCGCGCGCGCUCCUCUUGCCUCCCCGCGCGGCCUCCUCUCACCAUCCCGCGCGUGCUCCUCUCGCCUCCCCUCGCGUGCUCCUCUCGCCUUUAUAGCGCGCGCUUCUCUUGCCUCCCCGCGCGGCCUCCUCUCACCUCCCCGCGCGUCCUCCUCUCGCCGCCCCACGCGUGCUUCUCUCACCUCCCCGCGCGUGCUACUCUCGCCUCCCCGCGCGUGCUCCUUUCUCCUCACCCUGCGUGCUCCUCUCGCCUCCCCGCACGUGCUCCUCUUUCCUCACCUUGCGUGCUCCUCUCGCCUCCCCGCGCGUGCUCCUUUCUCCUCACCUUGCGUGCUCCUCUCGCCUCCCCGCGCGUGCUCCUCUCUCCUCACCUUGCGUGCUCCUCUCGCCUCCCCGCGCGUGCUCCUUUCUCCUCACCUUGCGUGCUCCUCUCGCCUCCCCGCGCGUGCUCCUCUCUCCUCACCUUGCGUGCUCCUCUCGCCUCCCCGCGCGUGCUCCUUUCUCCUCACCUUGCGUGCUCCUCUCGCCUCCCCGCGCGUGCUCCUCUCUCCUCACCUUGCGUGCUCCUCUCGCCUCCCCGCGCGUGCUCCUCUCUCCUCACCUUGCGUGCCCCUCUCGCCUCCCCGCGCGUGUUCCUUUCUCCUCACCUUGCGUGCUCCUCUCGCCUCCCCGCACGUGCUCCUCUCUCCUCACCUUGCGUGCUCCCUUCCUCUCAUCCGCCCUUCCUCUCAUCCGCCCUUCCUCUCAUCCGCCCUUCCUCUCAUCCUCCCUUCCUCUCAUCCUCCCUUCAUCUCAUCAUCCUUUCCUCUCAUCCUCCUUUCCUCUUAUCCUCCCUCCCUCUCAUCCUCCCUUCCUCUCAUCCGCCCUACCUCUCAUCCACCCUUCCUCUCAUCCGCCCUUCCUUUCAUCCUCCCUUCCUCUCAUCCUCCCUUCAUCUCAUCAUCCCUUCCUCUCAUCCUCCUUUCCUCUUAUCCUCCCUCCCUCUCAUCCGCCUUUCCUCUCAUCCUUCCUCCCUCUCAUCCACCCUUCCUCUCAUCCUCCCUUCCACUCAUCCUCCUUUCCUCUCAUCCUCCCUUCCUCUCAUCCGCCCUACCUCUCAUCCACCCUUCCUCUCAUCCGCCCUUCCUUUCAUCCUCCCUUCCUCUCAUCCUCCCUUCAUCUCAUCAUCCCUUCCUCUCAUCCUCCUUUCCUCUUAUCCUCCCUCCCUCUCAUCCACCUUUCCUCUCAUCCUUCCUCCCUCUCAUCCACCCUUCCUCUCAUCCUCCCUUCCUCUCAUCCUCCCUUCCUCUCAUCCUCCCUUGUAUUCAGGCAUGCCGGCGUAG